UUUGUGCACGUCACCAUCGAAGCCGCCAACCGUGGUGACGUUUUCGGGGCUUGGCGUUACUUUUUGAGUCCCGAGAAUGCGUCGCCGUGGUUUAGUGCAUACCUACCUAAACAGGGUGAAAUUUGGAUGAGAAUGUCGAUAGAAAAUAAUGACAAUCAUCGACUUCAUCCAGGUCACUGGUCUGGACUGUACCAAGCCAGCGCCGAGUGCUCUUGCUGGCGUCUCUCUGCCCCUCCACGCCGUCCAAGCAAAUUGCGGGGCUCUCGGUCGCUGCAAGGCAAAAUGAACGCCACCGUAGUCUCCGACACAAGAACCUCACGUGCCUUCGCGUCUCCAUCUGACGAUAUUACGACUGUUGGUUCACGAGUCGGACAACACGAGAAUCAACACACCUUUCAAUAGAUUAUUGGACGGGCUAACACGGAAGUAGUCUGGGCUGCGGCGCUGCUCAGGGGUAUUAUCGGGGCUCUUGUGUCACGUGCUGCUUUCUCAGCUCAGCCCAGCCAGGCCACUGAGACAUGCUGAUUCAAUCGCGAUGACCUUCUGGGGAAGGACACACCGGAAGCCCGCAGCGUUGCGCAAACCACUCUGUACCCGUUCAACAUGGUCAAUAUCUCCGGGGCCAGGCCUCACGCGUUGAGGAUCACCAUCGCCCUCUUCUGCAUUCUCUCCGUGUUUCUGUUCUUCGACCCCAUCGGCUUCGCAUCCACCAUGAACUACAACCUCGCACCCCCAGGCUCGACCACAACGGUGACACACAUUGUCCUGUUCAAGUUUAAGCCCGAUCUUGAUGAUGGAGCUGUAGAUGUGGCAUGUGCCAAGAUCUUGUCUCUUAAGGAAAACUGCCUUCGGCCCAAUUCGCAACACGCGUAUAUCAAGAGUAUUACAGGAGGUCGAGAUAACUCCCCAGAAAACCUCCAGAAUGGCAUGACACAUGCUUUCGUUGUGCAAUUCGAAAACACGGAUGAUAGAAAUUACUACGUGGAACAGGACCCCGCCCAUCUGGCUUUCAAGAAGGAGAUUGAACCUCUGGUCGAAAAGAUUACCGUGCUCGACUAUGUCAGCGGUGUGUUUUAG